GACCACUUGAAAGUCUGCUCACAAGGCUACACGUGCUGCUCUGAAGAAAUGGAGGAGAAGUACAGUCAGCAGAGUAAACACGACUUCAGAAAUGCCGUCAUAGAGCUUAGCAAUCACUUACAAACCAUGUUUAGUUCCCGAUACAAGAAGUUUGAUGAGUUCUUUAAAGAACUUCUCGAAAACGCCGAGAAGUCACUGAACGACAUGUUCGUGCGGACGUACGGCCGUUUGUACAUGCAGAACUCAGAGCUGUUCAAGGACCUCUUCGUGGAGCUGAAGCGAUACUACGUAGGUGGCAACGUCAACCUGGAGGAGAUGCUCAAUGAGUUCUGGGCGCGCUUGCUGGAGCGCAUGUUCCGGCUGGUCAACCCCCAGUACCACUUCACGGACGAGUACCUCGAGUGCGUCAGCAAGUACACCGAGCAGCUGAAGCCCUUUGGGGAUGUGCCGCGGAAGCUCAAGCUACAAGUGACGCGAGCGUUCGUGGCCGCCCGCACCUUUGCACAGGGCCUUGCCGUCGCGAGGGACGUCGUGAGCAAAGUGUCUGCGGUGAACCCCACGCCGCAGGGUACGCGAGCACUGCUGAAAAUGAUGUACUGCCCAUACUGCCGAGGUUUGGUAUCGGUGAAGCCCUGUUACAACUACUGCUUUAAUGUCAUGAGAGGCUGCUUGGCCAACCAAGGGGACUUGGACGCUGAGUGGAAUAUCUUUAUGGAUUCAAUGCUGCUGGUAGCAGAAAGGCUGGAGGGUCCCUUCAACAUUGAGUCAGUCAUGGACCCCAUUGAUGUGAAAAUUUCAGAUGCGAUCAUGAACAUGCAGGAGAACAGCAUGCAGGUGUCUCAGAAGGUUUUCCAGGGAUGCGGCCAGCCAAAAACACUUGCCCAGGGCCGGACCGCUCGCUCUGUCUCUGAAAGUGGUUUCAGCGCUCGUUUUAGACCCUACAACCCGGAGGAGCGGCCGACUACAGCUGCUGGCACAAGCUUGGACCGACUGGUUACUGAUGUGAAAGAGAAGCUGAAGCAAGCCAAAAAAUUUUGGUCAUCUCUCCCUGGCAACAUUUGCAACGAUGAAAAGAUGUCUGUAGGCACUGUCAAUGAGAACGAGUGCUGGAACGGGAGCGCCAAGAGCAGGUAUGACUUUGCCGUGACUGGAAAUGGCUUAGCAAGUCAAGUGAAUAACCCAGAGGUAGAAGUUGAUAUUACCAAGCCAGACAUGGUGAUUCGCCGGCAAAUCAUGGCUCUGCGGGUGAUGACCAACAAGCUGAAGAAUGCGUACAGUGGGAACGAUGUCGACUUCAUUGACAUAAGUGAGGAGAGCAGCGGGGAGGAGAGCGGCAGCGGCUGUGAGCUCCAGCAGUGCUCCCUGGAGUUUGAGUUCAACGCCACCGAAGUCACUGGGAACUCCAACAAGAGCGAUAAGAACGUGAACACUUCUGCUGCUACCAGGAGCGGUUUAUCACAAGCAGCCUUGCUCCUUAGCAUUUUGUUCUUGGCCAUGCAAAGACAAUGGAGAUAAUUGUGCAGCGUAGGGGGGUGGGGGGAGGGAAAGACUUUUAUUAUCAAAG